AUGAUAACACGACGCGCGACGCAACUUCUCACCGUGGACGAUGAGGACUCCAGUCUCCACUACAGUGAUGGGUGGAAUCCACACACGGAUGAGAAUGGUGCUAAGCCUCUGACGCUGCACACAUCGACAACCGAGGGCUCGGCGGUCACCUUCUCGUUCGCCGGGACGUUCAUUGCGGUCUACGGUGUCCUCGACAACGAUCCCGUUACUGUAUCCUUCUCCAUUGACAGUAACGCGUCUCAAAUCUCCAGUCCCGCAACAUCCCCUUCGCCGCUUUACGACUUCCCGUUCUUCUCCACCAACUUCCCAGCCGGCACGCACACCCUCUCAUUCGAAGUCGUGAAUGGGACGUUCAGCUUCGAUUAUCUGCAGUACACCAGCACGGGCGACCCGAGUCCCGGCACGUCGCCGGUCUCGAGCUCCUCCUCACCAUCGCCCUCGAAGAGCGCAAGCCCCCAGGUCGCCGACUCUUCCGUAACCUCGAGGGGCACAAAAAUGUCCCCAGGCGCCAUCGCAGUGGUGGGGCGCCGGCGUAAAGGGCAGCGAGUCCGCCACAGGCGGCCAAGCCCCGAGAAGCCUAUCGAGAUCUUGCCGGACGUGCCGCCCAAGUCGCCGCCAACGGCGCGGAGAGGCCCGCUGCGCGCGCUCAGCAGGAUAUACCGCCCGACGGCGCCGCGGUCUGCGCAAAGCUCGAAGACGCAGUCGUCGGGGCUCACGCAGUCGUCAGGGAUGUUCACGUCGAUCCUCGUGAUGUCGCCCGCGCUGUCGAUGGUCUCGGAGGAGACGAGGGACUCGGACGCGGUGUAUCGAGUGUGA